UUGCCUUUCACAGUUGGCUUCACAAUAUACGUACACGGAGACUGACUCGCGACAGCAAUGAGCAGCAAAUUGGUAAUCGUUCUGUUUGGCGUGUGUCUGCUCGUGCUACACGCACCUUACGCUGCUGCUCAAGGUAUUCCCGCAAUAUUUUUUGGGCCAGAGGGUGGUGCUCAAGAUAUAGGUAUCCCCGAAAUCCUACAAGGGACAGUGGAUGGCGACGAUGGUGCUCCAGAGAUAGGUAUUCCUGAAUUCUCUUUUGGGUCAGUGGGUGGCGACGAUGGUGAGAUAGGUAUCCCCGAAUUCCUUCCUGGGACAGUGGAUGGCGACAAUGGUGACUUCGGAGGCGAGCUGCCUAUUGGAAUCGGGCCAGCCGUCGAAACGAGCAGCGAGAGCAGCAAUUCUACAGAACAGCCGACAACCGAGACCGAGGCCGAGAACGAGGCCUCUACCACCGAACAAGAAUCCCGUGUUGACAAAGGCAACUCGAGGCACAUCGCAAACUCAAGGACCGCAUCUCAUGUCAAAGCCAGGACAGCUGCUAAAGCCAGGACAGCUGCCAAAGCCAGGACAAUAGCCAAGGCCAGGACUGCUGCCAAAGCCAGAACGGCUGCCAAGAAGGCAGGCAGAGCGGUGCACAAGGCCUGAUCACAACUUCAACCUCGAUUCUGCGACUCCAUGAAAGCAACUAAUAAAUGAUUAACUUGUGCUGUGUAUCCUGAUUUGGGCAACUUCCUCCACCAAAAGCUUUUGAAGUAAAAAUCUUGUUCAACAGAAGAAA